CACCAAUCCAGUUGAGUAUCUGUCAUCCUGAUAUAACCUUCUAUAUUUAGUUUACUGAGUAGUUUAUCAUAGCAUACAAUAUGCAGAUACGCGUAGUCAUAACCAUAUUAAUUCAGUCGUCUCUGAUCUCCACCCUGCCACAGAGUUCUAACGUCUGUUCUCCGAACCCAUGUGGAGCUGGAGCUGAUUGCGUGAUACAGGGCGGAAACAGAGUCCUGUGUAACUGUCCUGAUGGUUGGAUAGGAGAUCCAACCGUCAGCUGUCAACCUGAAUGUUUAAAGCUGUCAGACUGCCCAUUCGAGAAGCAAUGCCAGGGAACCCGGUGUGUUGACCCAUGUACAAACAAUGUUGAGACCGGAAGACCCCCCUGCGGUGUAGAAGCUAUUUGCGAACGUGUCAGGCAUAAAGCAAUUUGUUCCUGCCCUAAAACUCAUACAGGAAAUCCAUUUGAAAGUUGUCGUCGGUUCACCACAGCUGAUUUAUGUUCUCCAAAUCCUUGCGGUGUCAACGCCUUCUGUGAAGCAGGUUUUGAUAAAAUAACUGGGGAGGACAGGCCUGUUUGUCUAUGUAAUGAGGGUUACACAGGGAAUGGAGUGACUGGAUGUGUCCGUGGUGAAUGCGUAUCUUUACAACACAAUCAAUGUCCAGAUGAUAAAGCUUGUUAUGAUUCAACUUGCAUAGAUCCUUGUGGACCAACAUUCUGCGGAGGAAAUCCCUGUUGUGCAUCAAAUGCAAAUUGUCGUGGAGUGGAUCAUAAAGCUGAAUGCUCCUGUCCUCCAGGAAUGGAAGGAGAUGCCAGAUAUGAAUGCAGAAUAUCAUCUGGAUCCAACAGAAAUGUAGGUUUUGGUUCAAGUGGAUCUAUCUGUGAGCCAAAUCCCUGUGGAAAUGAUGCAGUGUGUACACCAGGCUCUGACAAUACUGGAAGAUCUCGACCUGUUUGUACAUGCCCACGUGGCUUCAGAGGGAAUGCCCUAGCAUCCUGUACACGUGGAGAAUGCUUGCAUGACACAGAAUGCCCUCAGCAUCUUGCAUGCUUUGAUUAUAGAUGCCAGGACCCCUGUAAUGGAGCUUGUGGAACAAAUUCAGAAUGUCAGGUGAAAAAUCACGGACCUAUUUGCGCCUGUCCUACUGGGUACCAAGGAAACCCCUUAACUAGUUGCUUCUCAGCCAGACGGGGGUAGAGAACACUGUACACAUGUACUGUGUAACGUACACUGUACACUUUAGUUCGAUUUCUUUGUCCGGUUCUAGCUAUGAUUUAGCUACGACUUCCUAGCUUAGCUACGAUUUUCUAUUCGUUUGUCCAAAAUCAUAGCAAGAUCGAAGCUUAGGUUUGAUCUGAAGUUGGAA